AUAUUGACUGUAUUCUCCCAACCCAGUGCCAAGGAUGUUUGUGCGUGCCUGGCACCACUGCUGUUACAUCGCGGUCGUUGUCGUCAACGUCGUCGUUGUCGUUGUUAUUCUUAUUACCGUCGUCAACGUUGCUCCUGUCGUUGAAUAGUAAUAAUCAUUGACGUGCAGAGAUAUCGAACAGUUCAGGACGCGGUGAUAACAUUUUGAUAGAAUUGACACUUUCUGUUCGCGAGAUGUCAAAUCAAAUAUGUCUAAAAUGGAACAGUUUUUUAAACAACAUAGCAACGAGUUUCGAAAGUCUCUGGGAAGAGGAAGGUUUAGUAGAUGUGACAUUGGCAAGUGAUGGACAGUGUCUUACUGCUCACAAAGUGAUUCUCUCAGCAAGUAGUCCAUUCUUUAAAAAAGUUUUCCAGACAAACCCUUGUCAACAUCCAGUCAUAAUACUUCAAGAUGUGCACUUUAGCGAACUAGAAGCCUUACUUAUAUUUAUAUAUAAAGGAGAAGUAAAUAUCGAGCAAAAGAAUUUGCCAGCGCUUUUAAAAGCUGCAGAGACACUGCAAAUUCGUGGUCUUUCGGGAGGGGAUAUAUUUGCUAAGGAAUCUUAUAAAAGAUUAGUGGAAUUGGAACAAGCGGUGGAAGAAGGAGCAGCUACAGCCAAGGAAGAAACUCCAAAAAAGAAACAAAAAUUAAACAAACAUCAGAAUUCUAUAUUAGAAUCAGCACUGACACCUAAAGCGUCGCAAGUAGAGAGCACGGAUGAAUCUACUACCAGUGAACAGAGUGGCAAAGAGGGAGAUUAUUUAUUGCAGAAAAGUAUGCAAAAUCCAAUAUAUCAUCGUUUAGAAAUGAAGAUAGAACCAUUAGAAACUGUGCUAGAAGAUUCUCAAAAACAAUCUGCAACGGACAAGGAUCCAACAGAAAGGUUAGACACAGGGCAACUUGCUGGGAGUCAAGGGUCUGGGAACAGCCCUGCUGAAGACAUUUCCGGUUUAUCUGGGUUAUCCGGCCUAACUGGAUUCUCGGACGUGAAGCCACUGCUAUACGCGUAUCAGCAACUACCUUACGCCGAUCUUCUGCCGAGUCCGGAGAUAAUCUCAACGUGGGCAUCCUCUCGACCGAUGGAUCAUUUGGCCUGUGACCUUAUGAAGAUCCUUUUUACCCCGGAGGAGAGGAUUCUCUGUAACGUAAACGGCAAGAUGGGAAAACAGCAGUUCGAUAGUAACAAAAUACAUUUGAUAAGAGAAGUUUUGCUGCACUUUAGUGGUAUUGCACCUAAUAGCGUGGAAUGGGAGGAAACUUGGAAAAAUUGCGUAACUAAAAUCGAUACUAGCAAUAGGGGUUUGAAGAGGUAUCUAUUCCAAAGGCGUUCGGUUUACACUCAAUGACUAGGGCGUUUCAGGUCAGGGGUAAAACGGAAACGUUUUCACUGGCUAGAAUGAAGUGUUUCUUUCACUGAUUCGUCGUUUCGAUUGUCUAAGAUCAUCUAGGAUCAUCUUAGAUCGCCUCGAACGUUUCCAUAUCCUUUCUUUUUAAAGAAGGAUGCGAGUAGGUGGAGCGAGCAAAAUUGACACGAAAAAGUAGAAUGUGUUCAAAGAAAGAGUAGAGGAACGGGAAGCAUUCUAGGCAUGGUCCAACUAUUUAUAUAUAUGCUUCACGUUUGUUUUCACGGGGCGAAUGAUCGAGUAAUUUUAAAUUAAUUCUAUUUUUUACCAUUGUCUUUCGUUCUGAUAACGAUCACGCAACGCGUGCUCCGCAGACUUGUUUCACGGCUGAGGAAGUCGAUCGUUCCAUUUUUUGAUUCUCUUUUUCUUUGUACUUUGUAUCUAGUACGUUGUGCAACGCAACAUUCCUUCCAAUUCUCCAUUUACAAUGUUCACGCAGAUGUGCACUCUCGCCGUAGACGAUCUACAUAACACGAUAUUAAUAGUAAUCGCGUCGUGUCGUAAGGACCCCGCAGAGUUUUUUACGCUCAAAGACGCGACAACUAAGAUCACAUUUGUUACUGUACGCGCAUAGAUGGAUACAUAGGUGAAGGUGCUUACGUUUACCUUCGUACACACUAUAUACGCGUGCGUGCAUAAUUGCGCUUCGCAUUAUCAACGACUUUAAAAAAGACGAAUACGUCGAAACUAUUACGAUGGAAGUAGUAAUAUAAGAUAUGCUUUUACGAUGUUUAAGGCGUUUAAUAUGCCGUGACGAAACUUCACGCAAACGAUUCGCAGCUAUCGAUAGCACACAAUCUUAUUCUAUCGUUUAUUUUGAAUCAAACGAACACAUAAAUCUGGUUUUCCCAUUUAUUUGUUAUCUUUCUGUUUUUUUCUCGUUUGAUCUUGAGAAGGUACGAAAUGCUUCGAGUUGACUGUUAUUUAAAUCUAUGCGAUUGUAGACGAAAUACACACAUACACAAAAACGACUGGUUGCAAAUAAACCUAUUUUACAUUUUUAA